AUUCAGAUAAAUGUAAGAAAUCAUUGAAGAGGCUUCCGACUUAGAACAGACACAAACAUAUAUAGUUACGUUGGCAAUAUGAACACUCAACGUGGGUUUCCUUCUUCUGUAUUUUAGACAGACUCAGAUAGUUUAUACUUAACCUAUUUCCAUGAACACUUCGCCUUGUAACCAUAUAAUGAUAUAUGAAAAACACUUACAAUCACUUUCCCUUUACAGGAGAUCCCGUGGAUUACCAACGUUAUUUCAUCAUAGACUACUCUACUGGUACCGUGAACAAAACCUCGAACAUCACCACUUCCGAUCCUCAUGAUUUUGUUAUAAUUGUACAGGCUACUGAGGAGUCCUCUGCGAAACGAAGUCGAGUGGCUGUCUUAACAGUGUCUGUAUCUCUGCCACAUGUACCUUUAAAAUCAAAUCCCUACAGAGCCAACCGAACCGUCAUCGCUGUCCUACAGAUAAUCAGUGGAAUAAUUAUUCUCGGUUUUACCGUUGGCUUUAUUUUCAUUGUACGCCAUCGAAAUAAGAAGCAAAAAGUAGAAUGUAGCAAAGAAUUUACAAAAACUGAUGAUAUCGAAGAUAUUGAGGAAUUCAUGGUUGCUACAUCAACAAAUGAAGUCACCACAUGUUCUCUGCCAAUUCCACUGUUUAUUCCAGAAGAACCUACGAAAUUAAGUUUGAAGUCACCAGAUCCAAUACAAACAGCAUCCCGGUCACCCGUGUCCCCUAGAAAGGUGAAGUUUGUGCUCCCUGAAAAAACAUAUCGUAUGAUCUAUGGUAAAAAAAGAAAAACACUUACGAACAACGUAAUGAGAUAACAGGAAUUCAUAUCAAAAC